AUGGCUUCCUCCGAUUCCGACGCAGACGCAGACGAUAGACGCCCCCACGCUUUAGAUACCUUCACAAGGAGAGGCGUGACCAUGAUGUUUGGACCAAAAGUUCUCACGCAUCCUAUACUUUUAGCCAUCGAUCAGGGCACCACGUCGACGAGAGUCAUCAAAUACGAACUCCUUGGUUUUCAUUACAAAGAACGAGACGGCGAGCGCAAAGAUUUGAGACCAAUCCAAUCCGCGCAACAUCCACACAAACAGAUACAUCCCAAACCCGGAUGGGUGGAACACGACCCGGAAGAAAUCAUCGAGAACAUAAAAAAAUGCUACCGAGAAGUCGGUGGCGCCUUUACCAUGGCAGUGGGAAUCACAAACCAACGCGAAACAAUCGUCGCCUGGGAUUCGGAAACCAUGAAACCGUUACACAACGCCAUAGUGUGGUGCGACGCGAGAACCGCGGAGAUCGUCUCGCGGUUUUCAGAGAAGGAGAAACAUAUGGUGUUUCAGAAAACAGGUAUGCCAAUAUCGACGUACUUUUCCGCGACUAAAAUGAGGUGGUUGUUGGAGAAUUCAAAGGAUGUGCAAAAAGCGGCGGCGCGAGGUACGUUGCGAUUCGGGACCAUGGACAGUUGGAUCGUGACGAAGUUGGGAGCGAGGCGCGACAGUAAUAACCAGGAGUUACCGAAUGUGCACGUUACCGACGUGACAAACGCGUCGAGAUACUUGUUAAUGAACAUAGAGACGCUGGAAUGGGACGACGAUUUGUUGAAUCUGUUUGGGAUUAAGAAAGAGUGGUUGCCGAGGAUCGUAUCGAGCGCGGAGCGCGUGAGCGGAUGGGCAGGUAACCCCUCAGUCACGAAAGACAAAGAAAAAAUCGAGCUAGAAGUUUAUGGUAUUUUAGGAGAUCAACACGCCAGUGCGCUCGGACACCGUUUACGAGAGGGUGAUUCGAAGAACACGUACGGAACUGGGUGUUUUGCCAUGCGAAAUACCGGGAAGACGAUUACUCGAUCCAAACGAGGUAUUCUAACCACCGUGUGUUGGAAAUUGGGUAAGGACGAGGAAGCAGAGUACGCGCUAGAAGGGGCGGUGGCUGUUGGUGGCGAAUGUAUUCGAUGGCUCAGAGAUGAAAUGGAGUUGGUGAGCGAUGCGAAUGAAGUUGAGGAGUGUGCGAAAACGGUAACAGAUACUGGAGGCGUAACGUUUGUGCCCGCGUUUGGCGGCUUGUUCGCGCCGCACUGGCGGGACGAUAGUCGCGGCGUUAUCGUUGGAUUGACGAGAUACGCAAAAAAAGCGCACAUUUGCCGAGCGGCACUGGAAGCAAUAGCUUACCAGUCCAUGGAAGUACUCGAAGCGAUGGAGUUAGACUGCGAAGAGAAUAGUAAGAGCAAGAAGAGGAAGAAAACUUCUUCUAGCGAUGGUGAUGCGAAACUCCUAUCCGUGGACGGCGGCGCGAGCGUGAACGAUACGUUAAUGCAAAUACAAGCGGAUGUUUUAGGCAAAAGUGUGCGCAGGCCGGCCAACAUUGAGACAACCGCAUACGGUGCGGCGCUCGCGGCGGCAAUUGGCGCGUACAAGAGAGGGGUAUACAGCUGGUACGGCAAUAGUAAAGAGCCGAUGACGGUAAGAGACGUUUUGGGUGAAGACAAUCAAAAUGCUAACGAUGGAUCGAAACUCUUCGAGUCGAAGAGCACAAAAGAGGAGCGGGCAAAAGGGCGAAGUCGAUGGGAGGACGCGUUACAGCGCACGUACGGAUUAGAUACGUAUUGCGAUAAAGAACAGUCGUAUAACAUGUAG